UAGCGUUCUCUGUUCGUAAAUGGGGUACUAAAUUGAGAUUUAUUGCGCGCACGUUAGGCUCACUACGUGCACACUAACUCCAGAUUUAGUGCCCUUUCGUAAAUGAGACCCUGUGGCAAAGUGGUUAACAGUGUGCAGGUGCAGGAAUGCUGUGGUGGUCAAUAAACAGACAGAUAACGAUAAUCGAGGUGCAAUGGUGGUUUAUUUGUACAAUCCAAAAGUCAAACAAAACACUCAUGAUUACAAUACAUGGUCUCCUUCCGGUUCAGCUCUAACCAUACAAAGGAACAGAUCACUUCACUACGCCCCCUUUUGUACCGUUAAUCAUGACCCGUUAACUAGUGCAACCGCUCCUCCAAUCCCCGGCUGCCACGUCAUUUCCUUUCCGGGUCAAUGAUUUAGUGUAUUGUAGCUCCGCCCCCUUUCUAGAUGACCGACUUUCUUCUAACCCUGGGAAUGAAUUGUCUGGCCAUCCAGUCCAGGGUACUCUGUUCCCUUUACACAGCGCCUUCACAGGUUGGGAGAGAGAUUUAUCACCAAGAAUCAUUCUGUCUCUGUCACAGGCCCUAAGAGUGAGAGGAUGGCUAUUUAAAAAACCAUUAAAAUAGCCUAUAUUUAAAUGGUUUAUUUAGUCUUUAUUAUUUAACUGUGCAUUGGUUUUGAGCUUUGAAAAUCUGGUCACCCUAUCUAUUCACAAAGUUUAAAAUAUAUCAAAAUAAUAUCUGUAACCAAAGCCAAAAACAGUCGAGAACAAUAUCAUUAAGAACCCAUUUUAAUUUUAUUAAUUAUCCUAUUAUAGGAAGAAAAAAACACCUUAAUUCAGACAAUUAAAAUGUAAAUAUUUCUGAUAAAUAAUGUCUGACAGUUUUACUUUAUAAUUCUGAUUGAGUGUUAUGGAAAAUAAUAAAUGACAGUUUAAUUAAUUCUACUUAAUUUGACAAAAGGAAAACUGACAUAAAGAGGUGUGGUAUGGUGAAAAUUCACUGUAGCGUGGACUGAGUAAUGAUGAACAUAUUUUUGGUGAUGAUCAGCAGAGAAGGGAGAAUAGCUGCAAAUUCAUUUUGCAGAUGGCAUGGCAAAGUUAAUAUAAACAUCUGGAUACAUAGAUUGGAUUUACAGCGUUUUUCCGUAUCUUCUCACCUCGAAACAAGUUCCUCUGAUGCAGACAGUGUCGAAGAUGAGUUGGAACUGGCUACUGUCCGCUACCGUCCUGAGGGACUGCAACAGCUGGAGGCACAAACACGAUUCACAAAGAAGGAGCUUCAAAUCCUCUACAGGGGAUUCAAAAACGAAUGUCCCAGUGGGGUCGUCAAUGAAGAAACCUUUAAAGCGAUAUAUUCCCAGUUCUUUCCACAGGGAGAUUCUACUACAUAUGCACACUUUCUGUUCAACGCUUUUGACACAGAUCACAACGGCUCUGUGAGUUUUGAGGAUUUUGUCUCAGGUCUUUCAAUUUUGCUGCGGGGUACGGUCCAAGAGAAGCUUAAUUGGGCUUUUAAUUUGUAUGACAUAAAUAAAGAUGGCUAUGUAACUAAAGAGGAGAUGCUGGACAUUAUGAAAGCUAUAUAUGAUAUGAUGGGAAAAUGCACAUACCCUGCCCUCAAAGACGAAGCACCCAGACAGCAUGUGGAGUUAUUCUUCCAGAAAAUGGACAAAAACAAAGAUGGAGUAGUUACCAUAGAUGAAUUUAUUGACUGCUGCCAAAAAGAUGAGAAUAUAAUGAGAUCCAUGCAGCUCUUUGAAAAUGUCAUCUAACGGGGUUUACCAGCAGCACUUUAAUGGCCAGCGCCAAGGAUUCUUCAGAGAAUACAUUACAGGACUUAUGACUUCACUAAACCACUUGGCAAUAUGCUGAGCUAUAUAUAUAUUAUGCAAAUAAGCUUUGUUGAAGUGUAAAGCUUUCCUCAGUCAAUGUUUUUUACAUGGAUACAUGUUUGAGCCUUAAAUGCAUGUCUAUUUACCCCCCCCCCCCCUGAAAAACAAAGACAAAAAUACAAAA